AUGUCUCAACAGCAAGCCAACGAACGUUCCGAAACUGAAACUGUCACAGUUCAGCCAGAAACAUCUGUAAGUUUAUGUUAACAUGUGUUUUUGAUGUUAUAGCUGGCUAAACGGCAUUAUUCUUUGGUCUUUAUGAAACUUUUUCCGAAGUUUUUGGCGUAAUUCGAGAUUUCAGACGCAGCCAUCCGAAUUGGUGUUGCAUUUGGAGCCACAGAACGAGCCUAGAGUAAGAUGGGCGCAGGAUACUGUUGAUAACGAGUUUAUGGGUAAGAAGAAGUCGAAAUGUUGCUGUAUCUACAAGAAACCGAAGAAAUGGGAUGAGAGCUCGGACGAGGAGGAUUCUGUAGGCUUUUACUUUGUUAUCUUUGGUUUUUAGAUAGUUUUAGAAGGUUUUCUUUCAAAGAAGGCAAAUGUUAACAUUAACAUCGACAUUCUUAUGAAAACAUUGUAGUUUUUCUCAAAAUACGGCGUUUUUAUAUCGAUUUUUGUUGUAGGAUUGCGAAACGGGACAUUGCCGAGGUCAUGUGGAGAAGAAACACGAAGGUGGAGAGCAAUAA